AUGAGGAGUCAGAGGUCAUGGGUUGAGAAGACCUUUUACAAGCGAGAGUGCUGCAAAUUCAUCGCCAGUCUGCGUGAUCCUGGCAAGUGCUGCUGUGGUCGUAACAAAGACUGGCAUGACACACUUUCAAACCUCUACAGUCCCUCCCCUGUAAACGAGAAAUGGCAUCCCUAUGGUCACACAGAGUCAUAUCCUACAAAUGCAUAUGGUACUAUAGAGUUCCAGGGUGCACCACAUCCCAGCAAAGCACAGUAUGUACGAUUAAGCAGCUUCGACACCAAACCAGAGCAGGUCUUACAGCUACUGCAGAAACACUGGGCUCUCGAUUUUCCAAAACUUCUUAUCACUGUUCAUGGCGGCAUUCUCAACUUUGACCUCCAGCCAAAACUGAAGCGAGUGUUUAGGAAGGGACUUCUGAAGGCAGCUAAAACAACAGGGGCGUGGAUAAUUACUGGGGGAACCAAUACAGGUGUAACAAGACAUGUUGGAGACACAAUUAGUGACAGGACGACCAAGUUAAAAAAUAAAGUGGUGGCCAUCGGGAUAGCACCCUGGGGCAUUGUAGAAAACAAAGAGGACCUCAUUGGCAAAGAUGUAAUGGUGCCAUACCACUGUGUGUCAUCACCUAAAACUAAUUAUGCAGUCCUUAACAGUAAUCACUCCUACUUCCUCCUCGUUGACAAUGGUACUGUGGGCAAAUAUGGUGGGGAGAUCAUCUUCAGGAAGAGGCUUGAAAAAUACAUAGCUCAACAAAAAAUAUCCAUAGCAAGUGGUGUCAAGGGACGAGGUGUGCCUGUGAUAUGUGUCGUACUGGAGGGAGGGGCCAAUACUAUACGGUCUGUGCUGGAGUAUGUCACUGACUCUCCCCCUGUUCCUGUUGUUGUCUGUGAUGGUAGUGGACGUGCUGCAGACCUCCUGGCCUUUACACACAAAUACACACUGGAGGAUGGCACAAUGCCAGAGAGUUUACGAGACCAGCUCAUUCUAACCAUUCAGAAGACAUUCCAGUAUUCCCAGGAACAAGCCGAGAAGCUUUUCAUUGAGCUGAUGCUUUGUAUAAAGAAAAAGGAGCUGAUAACUGUGUUUCGUAUGGGAGAGGGAGCACAGGAUAUAGACCUCGCCAUUCUCACUGCACUACUUAAAGGAACAAAUGCUAGCGCACCUGACCAACUGAGUCUAGCCUUAACGUGGGACAGAGUGGACAUUGCCAGAAGUCACAUCUUUGUUUAUGGUCAGGAAUGGCCUGAGGGAUCACUAGAGCAAGCCAUGAUGGACGCCCUCAUCAACGAUCGUGUAGACUUUGUAAAGUUGCUAUUGGAGAAUGGUGUAAGCAUGCAGACUUUCCUCACCAUACAGAGGCUAGAGGAACUCUACAAUACGAGACAUGGUCCAAGUAACACCCUUAGGUACCUGGUGAGAGACAUCAAAAAGCAUGUGCCCUCCAACUACCGGUACAAUCUUAUUGACAUUGGUGCCGUCAUUGAACAUUUGAUGGAUGGGGCCUUUCGUGCAUCUUACUGUCGAAAGCGGUUCCGGCAGAAAUACAAUGCCAUCAAGCGUAAUGGUGUAGCUGGUAACAUGGGUAAUCUGGUGACCACGCUGCCUAUGUUCCUGGAUACUAAGGAGGCUCAGGAGCUCUUUCCUUACCCCUUCCAUGACCUCAUGAUCUGGGCUGUCCUAAUGAAGCGACAGAAGAUGGCACUGUUCAUGUGGCAGCAUGGUGAAGAGGCCAUGGCCAAGGCUCUGAUGGCCUGUAAACUAUAUAAAGCCAUGUCACAUGAGGCUGACUCUGAUGAUCUCGAGGUGGACAUUUCCGACGAACUCAGGUCUUAUGCAAAGGAAUUCCAAGUGCUUGCACUGGAGCUGCUGGAACACUGUUACAAGAUCGACGACGAUUACACACAGCAGCUGCUAACCUACGAACUGAAGAACUUUAGUGACCAGACAUGUCUGAGCCUAGCAGUCGCAGCUAACCAUCGCGAGUUUGUAGCUCACACUUGUUGUCAGAUUCUGCUCAAUGAUAUGUGGAUGGGUGGACUACAGAUGAGGAAGAACAGCAGCCUCAAGGUGAUACUAGGUAUACUGAUCCCCCCUUACAUCCUGGCCCUGGAAUUCAAGAGUAAGGAGGAGCUACAGUUGAUGCCCCAGACAAUGGAGGAGCAUUUGGACGAACUUGAGAACCAGGCCAGUGAGGAGGAGGGAGAACUCUCCUUCAGUGAGGACAUCAACGAGGACCAUGUCAAUGAGGUAAGCCUAGGUUUGACCUUAGAGGAUAAGUCGAUGGUAAAUGUUGAAUGUAGAUGAAAAUACUUUUAUGAUAUAUAAUUGGUUUAUUUUCAGAAUUUGUACAUAGAUGAUGUAAAUAUAGAAACCAGCUUCCAUUCAUCCAGCCAGGGCUUCCCUCGUGAGAAUGGAUCCCUCCACAACGAAAGUAACCAAGAAUACUCUCAAUUCACAAUAAAAAAGAAGAAAAGCCCAUUACGACUCGGCAAGAGGAUAUAUGAGUUUUACAAUGCACCCAUUACCAAAUUCUGGUUUUAUACUAUGGCUUAUCUUGGAUUCCUUAUAUGUUAUACAUAUGUUGUGCUAGUGAAGACUUCGCCAUAUCCCCGGUGGCAGGAAUAUCUCGUCAUGUCAUAUAUGUUUACACUGGCCAUAGAGAAAAUCAGACAGGUGAUAGCCUCAGAGCCAGUGAAGAUUCGUGUGAAAUUACGUGUACACUUUAGUCAAUUAUGGAAUGUGUGGGAUUCUAUUGGAGUAAUGCUGUUUACUGUGGCCGUCCUGAUGCGACACGUGCAGGAUACCACCAACAACGUGCGUGUCCUGUAUACUAUCAACAUCGUCUUCUGGUACAUCCGUAUUUUGGAGAUCCUUUCUGUCAAUAAAUAUCUCGGCCCCUAUGUCAAGAUCAUUGGAAAGCUGCUGAGGGACAUGUCUUAUUUCAUCAUCAUUCUCCUGAUUGUGUUGAUGAGCUUUGGGAUUGUGAGACAGGCCAUCCACUUCCAAGAUGAGGAACCGUCCUUUAAAUUGGUCCGCAAUAUGUUCUUUUAUCCCUACUGGAUGAUUUAUGGGGAACUGUUUGCUGAUGAGAUUGACACUUGUACAGACAUUGAGCGCCAUCCAGAAGGCUGUACAUACGGGUCAUGGGUAGCACCUGCUCUGAUGUGUGUCUACCUCUUGGUGGCCAAUAUUUUACUGGUCAAUCUCCUCAUUGCACGCUUCAAUGCGACUUUCAUAAAAAACAAUGCAAAUUCAAGAGAGAUCUGGAAAUUCCAGCGAUAUCAGCUUAUCAUAAACUACGAACUUCGUCCAAUACUUCCACCUCCAUUGCUAUUCUUUAGUCACAUCUUUCUGGCUUUCAAGUUCAUGAUUCGGCGCUGCAAAGGCAAACGAGAUCUGUUUGACAAUGGACUAAAACUGUUCUUGUCGCUGGAUGAUACAGAGAAGCUACACGACUUUGAGGAGGAGUGUAUAGAAGACUAUUUCCGAGAAAAGGAACAUCAGUUUCAGUCCUCGAAUGAAGAAAGAAUCCGGGUCAUCAAUGAAAGGGUUGAGAACAUGACACUGCGGAUGGAUGAUGUGAACCAAAAGGAGAAUUCCAUCAAGCUUUCGUUACAAACAGUUGAGUACCGUCUGUCAAAACUGGAGGAGAUUUCUGUCCAGUCAGCUGAUACACUUAGUUCCAUGCGAAACCUUAUGGCCCGAGGAGUACGUCACAUCAGUGCAUCAAGUGGCACAUCAAGUCAUGGUCGUCUGGGCAGCCAGGACUCCAUUGUGGAAGUGGCUGAUUUACACCUGUAUGAUACACCAACAAAGACAGAGCAAGAAUCUGCUCCUAGCCAGGGAGGAGGGGCAGAAAGAUCAUCGGAGUCCUCUGUAGUGUCACCAGAUGCCAAUGCUACUAUGCGCAGUAUACCGUCACCUCUGUUGAUACAUUCCAAGAAACCAGUGAAGGAGGAGCAUGUGCACCGCUACACAGACUUCACCAAACCAACAUGUCAGCGGUCACAGCUCGACCGUUCUCAAAGUCUCAAGUCACGCAUUGCCCUUCCUUGUGUUACAGAAGCAAGUCCUGAGGUCAAAAAACCAGACCAAGGUAUUCUGAAGGAAAAAUCUCUACAACAGCGCAGGAAAGGUGGGCCUGGUGGGCCCAAACUAAUGGUUGAUAUAGACAAAGCUAACUUAUCAUCUUCUGAGGAUCUCACAAAACUUGCCAUCAAGCCACGAGGUGUACUGGUACGUGAACACAAUGUGUUAGAUAACAACCAAUCAGCUGCUGUGUACACCACAGCCAAACUUGUCGUGGACACCAGGAUGUCAACGGGUCACAAGACAACUGGUGAUAUGAUUGAAGACAUGUCAGAUGAGGAACAGCAAGAGAUUACCAAUAAAGAUCCACCUAUCAUCACCACUUCCCUUUCCUCAUCCCCGGUACGGUCAACUGGGCAUCCUGCCACCUCUAUGUACACUGUACCCAGUUCCAUGGUGGCCCAGCUCACACCCAUUCUUACAUCACUGAGGUCCGAGUACACAACCAUCACUGACGAGAUCGACACCUCUUGUAUGAUUGAUAAGAGUCCCCCUGGCAGUCCCUCUACUGCAGGGGCCUUCUUUGACGGAAAAUUUGAUUGUAAUAAGAAAAACUCAAUUAAAAUGCUUAAUGAGAAUGCCUUAUUGAAGCAGGCAGAGGAGGUUGGACACAAACGCAUGGAGAAAGUGAUCAGACACCGGUUACGACAGAUCUCCCUUGAUGAAAAUGACAGUAUCAGCGACAUUGCCAAGCUGGUGGUGAGUGAAAUGAAACUGACAGAGGAAGAGGAGCAUUCAGGCCAGGAAGAAGAAUCAGAGGAGAAUCGUCCAGAUCACCAUGGGUCGGCAGAUAGUGUCAUCAUGGGGCACCUCACCACUGAUAUGGUUGAGAUACGCAUACGUAGGGCAUCUACUGAAGACAAACCUGACCAAAUAGUUUGA